AUGGCUUCUCUUCGCUCGCUCUCUCGAGUCGGCCUCUCCGCUAAGCCCACCAUGGCUCUGACUCGCUCGUUCCAGACGUCGACCAUCAAGUCGGUGCCCAAGGUCGCCGCCGCUGUAGCCGGACCUUCUAAGCAACAACAGCCGCAGCAGCCCGCCUCUUCCCGCAGCAUGUCGUCGUCGGCGCCUGCCAAGGAUGCUGGCCCUGACGGCCCCGUGCCCCUCAUGGCCGUCGCCAACCGCGGCUCGAAUCAGCUUUCGCUCGAGACGCCCAAGAACGGCGUCGAGUACGUGCUGUCGUCGAUGGACAAGAUGGCCAACUGGGCGCGUCAGUCGAGUUUCUGGCCCAUGACCUUCGGACUCGCCUGCUGCGCCGUAGAGAUGAUGCACGUUGCCACGGCACGAUACGACCAGGAUCGUCUCGGUGUCGUUUUCCGUGCCUCGCCGCGCCAGUCGGACUGCAUGAUUGUUGCUGGUACUUUGACCAACAAGAUGGCGCCGGCGUUGAGGAAGGUGUAUGACCAGAUGCCCGAACCGAGGUGGGUCAUCUCGAUGGGCUCGUGUGCCAACGGUGGAGGCUACUACCACUACUCGUACUCGGUUGUGAGGGGUUGCGACAGGAUCGUGCCCGUAGACCUGUACGUUCCGGGAUGCCCACCUACGGCCGAGGCGCUGCUGUACGGAUUCUUGCAGCUGCACCGCAAAAUCAGGAGGAACCGCAAGACUACGCUGUGGUACCGCAAGUAG